AUGGUUCUGGGCUUCAGGCGAAUGGGAGGCGCCGGUGGUGGAGCUCAGAAGCUUGAUGACUCUGACUUCCAGAGGGGUUCGCCUCUUCUAUCCCCUGACCAGAAGAAUCGGGUCGUUUGCGUUCCUGGUAUAGCCGAGGCAGCUGGGUCUCGGAGGAGGAAGGCUGCCUCGACUGUUGAUGAGAUGUUAAGGGCCGAGCCCCGAACGAAAAUGACCGUUUGGAGGAAGCAAGCGGCUCCCCGUGGUGAGGGCCCUUUGGCCCCAAUUUUUAUCACUGCAGCUCCAGCUGUGGCUUCCGUUUCUGUCGUUGUAUCUCCGGUUGUAGCUUCAAUUUCUAUUGCUACAGCUCUGGCUGCAGUGCCUAUUAUUGCUGCCAAUGCUCUAGCUCCUAUCAUUCCUCCUGCUGUCGUUCCUCCCACAGCUGAGGCCCCUCCCGUAGCCCCAGAGCCCCGCAUUGCUGUCCCUUCCUCAUCUGAGCUGGAGGAGGCCGUUCGAAUGGCUGACGCUAUGCUCUCCCCCCUCCCCCCAAGGCCGGGAAUGAUCUUAGGGCCAAGGGUCAAGCCUUGGCAGGCAGCAGGACUGGGGCUGAGGAAGCAAUAG